AUGGUGAGGUCACACUACUACGACGAAUUUCGUCAGGUCUGUGCAGUCGCCUUCUGCUACAGAGUGAGGACAUACUACCGCUUCCCAUCAUUCGGCAGCACGUUCCUUCGCAGAAUUCGUUUAUUCUGGCAGGCUACGCAGUUUAUUUUUGCAGAAGAGAUUAACGACUGGACGCCGGAGUGCUACAACAAGGCCAGUAAACUCCCUGCGGAAAUGCCGGACCACCUUAAGGAAUAUAUAGCCAAUGAAGCAGACUCUAAGGAUGACACACUCUGGGUGUCCUGCGAGGGAUACCACCCUUCUGAUGUGGAGCAUGUUGGUAACAUUUCAUACUAUCCGCAACCUGGCUUCAAGGCAGUCUACUUUCCAUACAAAGAAAGUUCGAACUAUUUGUCGCCCAUAGUCGCAGUUAAGUUCAGCGAGCCAAUGAAAGAUCUUCUGAUAACAGUGAAGUGCCGUGCUUGGGCAAAGAACAUUGGAACAUUCACUACAGAAACUGGACGUACAGAUUUUCAACUGAUGAUUGGGCAGAUGCCACGUCCCAAACAAUGA